AUGUCAAUCUCCUCAAAAAAUGAUAUUGCUGAAGAAUUGAGAGCAAUGGAAGUUGAAAAGCCAGGUCAAAAAAAAUUUAAAGAAAAUAAGCAUUCUCAAAAAGUUCUGAUUGCUAAUCAGUUUGAAAGUUUACUUGGUUUUUCUACCGAUUCUGAGCAGCUAGGAAAAAAUGAUUAUGUAUACAUAACAAAGGACAAGAAGCGAUUACUACUGAUUCGAGAAUACGGUAAAGCAGUACAAAGCUCAGACAUGGGUAAACCUAUUACUGCUCCUUCUGAUCCAACUGGUGAAAUAGAUGUUUUGAGCAGCGAUUCGAUACUGACUGAAACUUCAAUUGAUUCAGUAAUCACCCAACCAUUGGAACCUACAGAUGACUCUAUAAUCACUUUACCGAAGGAAACUUCUGAUGAUUCACUAAUCACGCUACCAGUGGAAUUUUCGGAUGACUCCAUAACCACUGUACCAAAGAAGGUUUCAGAUGAUCCAGUCAUCGGAACAAAAGGGACUUUAGAUAAUUCACUAAUUAAUCAACCGCUAAAAUCUUCGGAUGAAUCUAUAAUUAUCACACCAAAGGACAUUUUAGACGAUUCAGUAAUUAUUCAACUAAAGGAGAUUUCAGACGACUCACUAAUGAUACAACCACUGGAAUCUUCAGAUGAUUCAAUAGUCAACAAACCAAAGGAGAUUCCAGAUGAUUCUUUAAUACAAUCAGCAGCAUCAUCUGGCAACUCAAUCACUGCAGGAAGGAAAACUUCAGAUUUUAUAUUAACCAGUACUGCAACUACGGAGUCAAUAAAACCAAACCUUGGAGAUCUUGAAAAUGGGUACAUUGUUGACUGCAACAUAUGUAUUCAUAAUCGCCAAGAAACUAAUUCCUUCCACGAGAUUCAUAUUCAAGCAGUUUGCGCCAAUGAAGUUCCCAACCAUUUCUACAUCAAUGGAGUAAAAUUUUCGAAGCUAAAUCCAUGCGAAUUGUUCUACAAACCAUAA